CUCGUUGGCGUGAUCGAUGGAUGUGGCUGACAAGCGUAAUCCGUUUGAACUACUUUGUUGAUACGAACACUUAUCGGAAUCGCAUUUUAGCGACCACUCAAAAAUUCAGCGAAAUGCGAGCGCGUCGGGUUUGAUUUUUUUGGGUUUGAGGUUUUUGGGUUAGCUAGUGCUGUUAGUUGAAUCUGGUAGGCCUCAGUUGAACGGAUUACGCAGUUCAAGUGGACAUAGGCGCGAUACCCUUCGGAAAUGUUGAAAUUCAGUGGGCCGAAUUGGUUCUCGAAACCGCAAUCGCGGAAAAAGUCCAGCGGUCAAAAGGGUAGAGUGAGUUUCCUGGACCAGCAGCCGCAGUUUCAGGUGUCCCCGCCGAAAGUUCCUAGAAAGGGCCGCGCAAGUCCCCAGCUGCUGAGCCAGAUCUCGUGGGCGAGCGAUUCGAGUCAACUAAGCGGCGGCAGCAGCAGCAGUGGCGGGAGCUGCUUCUCCAGACAGCACAGUUUCCGGCAUAGUUGGAGCAGUCAGCACAGUUUCACCGCCUACAGCAGGGGUCCGUUUGCAACGCGACGAUCGAAGGGAAUCAUGACCGAUACCGAGAAGGAGGAAGCCAUUAACUUGCAGGUGGAGUUCGAGUGGGUGCUGCGUGAGGAGGUUCACUCGGUGCUGAAACAGCUGCAUGCCAUCUUGGUGGAGUGCGCACAUCGGUUUCCGGUGCCACUGUACGGAAACGAGGGUAAGAAGCAGGACAAAUUCGUGCUGACGGCGGCUCCAGAGCAGUUGAAGUGCGUUGUCACUCUGACUGGGGACAGUAUUACGCAUGCGGAUAUAAAUUUCAAGGUGCAGCGACAGCAGCAGCAAACGCAACGAACCACAAUCACUCAAGACUAUCCGUGGAAAAUCCAACAGGUGCAGGAUGCUGCCAACCAUCUCCAGCAAGCAAUAAACCACAUCGACAAUGUGGAUAGUUCGUACAAUUUUAAAACCUCCGACGAGGUGCUGCAUGUUCUGGGCAAUAUAUUGGGUGCACUGCAGCGAGGAAGGACCUCGCUGGUUGUGCCCCGGAAGAAACCGAUCGACGAGCUUAUGAAGAGCAGGAAUAUGAAGGCACUGUCGCCGAAUCUUCCGGAGGAUUUGGCUAUCAGUUUUUACAUACAGAGCCACAAGUUGAUUUUCGUUGCCUACCAGCUGACGAAUUUCCAGGGCACGAUGAAGUUUGAUUCCUGCCAGGCGGAAUGUUCGGUGCCAUGGUUGAACGAAGUGUUGGUGUUGUUCACCGUGGCCUUGCAGCUGUGCCAACAGCUUAAAGAUAAGAUUUCAGUAUUCUCACAGUACAAGGAUUUCACCGUUGGUUCCCGGUCGGCUUCCGCGUUGUCCUACUGACUGGACCAUUCGCCCGCUCCGGACUCACUGCUUCCGUGUCGGGCUUAAUGAUUGUUCUGUGGCAGGAGCGUAUUGUCGGUGUAAUUCCCCCUAUGUAAAGCUAGUUUUCUCUCUACAGUAGCUGCAAUUGUAGUGCUCCUCUCAUAGAAACAAAAAAAACAAAAUCUUGUAGAUCUUAAGCGUCGCGGAAAGUUCACGGACAUAUGUUUGUCCAAACAAAGAUCUAGGAAUUAGUGCUGUAAAGUUUGGUCAACUAGCGCUCCCGGUGGGGAAGUCGACCGUUGUUGAUAAUAUUGAUGUUUGUUAUUACUAUUAAUCCGUGUUAUCUCGCAUCUAGAAUCGCUACGAAACGUUUGUCAUUCAUGUCGUGCAAUUUGCGGCAGCCGUGUGGAACACGAGAAGCUUACUGGGAGAGGGUUAUUUGAUGAAUGUUUGUAAGAUAUCCUAUAUUAGUGUGAUUCGCGUGUGACGUAAAACAGGCCAAUCGGAUGUUUUGCAUUGUUUCCCGGCGCCCCGAUUCGUUGUUCCGAUGUGUGACUGUGGCACAGAAAAAAAUGUAAAGCGAGGAAACUCUGGCGAAAACACGUUUAGAUAAGGAAUAAUUUUUAAUGUUCAAGCGUACUUAAGAGACAUAAGUAAACCAAUGUGGCAUAUAGUGACAAAUUUUUUCUCAUCACUGUGUGGAAGUUUUGAUGUAUCUUCGCGGUCAGCUGGUAGCGCCUUGAGCGUGUGAUUCGGUUUGAAGACAAACUCUGAGUAUUGGUGAGCGUAUAGUUGCAAGUGUGGCAGUCUCUCAAUUGGCUAGAAUCUCGAAAUCCAGUCAAGAAUGGAAACUACACACUCAGGCUGUUUGCUGACGGCGGCGAAGGUUAAUGAUGAAUGAUCCUAAAUCGAUGGUUACCUUGUUCGGUUGGUCCCAAAAUCAAAGUACAGGGUCUUUCAGAUUAAAUGCUCACGCAACAAAUUUUAAUAACCUCUAAAAAGGUGAACCGAUUUUAAUUUUUUGAAAAACGAAAAUAAAGCUUAUUUUAGGACAUUUUCGAUGUGACUACCACUUUUUUCGAUAACGCGUUUUAAAUGGUGAACAAAAUUCUUUAUGCACAACUCGACUUCGAUGCUGUUGAAAAUCCGAGUUAUUUCUUCUUUAAGUUCCCCCAAAUUUUGUGGCUUAUUAACAUAGCAACGGUUUUUCGCGUACCCCCAGAGGAAGUAAUCGACGACGAGAAAUGUUGAAAUUCUUACCAUAAGAGGACAAAGUUUCAUUAAGGCUUCGGUUGCUCGAGUAAUACGAUUUCACUAAAAAUACACGUUCUUGUAAAUUGUACAUCUUGACACUGGAAACCAUCCGAUCAGAAUGAACGAGUAGCCGAAUAUUAUCGUCCCGAAGUGGGGAAUGCAGUGUUACCAUCGACGGAGAGAAAAAAAAUCUUAGAGGUUAUUUGAUUUUUUUUUGCGUGAGCGUUUAAUCUGAAAGACCCUGUAUUUGCAAGAUUCCUUACGUCACUGAAAUGCUCGUUAAAAUAUAAACAAAAUCCAUGAAAAAUCAGUAAUUAAAAAUAAUUUUUGAAUUUAUACAAGUUGUGUUUUCUGUUAAUUAGUAGGUUUGCUUUAUGUAAAAAUGUGUUUUUUAAAUUAUGAUUUGCUCGGUUGGAAUGAGUAUAUAUUAAGAAUGGGCGAUCUCGGAUCGGUUUUUCGCAGAUCGAUCUUUUCCAUUCCGAUUUCCGAUUUUUUGAAUCGAUCUUUUUGACUUGAAAAAACCGAGAAAAUCGAUGACCAACUAACAUUUUUUUCAAACACAAUGUCUACAUUUGAAUCGCUUCUUCUACAAUUUCAUUCUGUACAAAUGCUGACCGAGACUUAGAGGCGAAUGAACUAAAACUUUAAAGCCUAUUAAAAACAAAAAGUUGAGUUGACCGAGACAGAACUAGUGGCAGCAACUGAGGGGAUUUACUAUCACCAGUGGCUCAUAUGAUUAUUGAACUAGAUGUUGACAUCAAUUUCAGGCGAAAGGUUAUUCUUUAGAACUGGCGCCAAAAUCAAGAAUCGGCUUCGUCUAAAUGACAAACAAUGACAAUGGCACGACUGGCUUUUAUGGAAUCGUCAGCUUAGUUAUGGACAGUUGUUGAAUUCACAGUAAAGCUUUAUAAAACGACUCCAUGACGUCACAAAAUGAAUGCCCUGUAAAAUGUUUUUUCCUGGACAAAAUGCUUUUGAUGUUUGAAUAGAAGUAUGAAAUUUGUAUUCCAUGUCUAAAGGAAACACGAUACUCCUAUAGAAUAAGCAGAGCAAUUUGAAAACAAUCUUUUGAUUUUUCAAAGAUCGAUUCUUUGGUAUUGAUUUAAUCAGCGGACCGAUCCCUACGCCGUUUGGAGAAUCGAUUCGACAAGAUCGAUAUUUUUAGAAAGAUCGUCCAAUCUCAGUAUAUAAAUACAUGAAAAAGAUAGACACAAGGUCAACGGAAAUCGUGUUUAGUAUGGACUUCACAAAUUCCUGAGAUCUAACAACCCGACCCCGUCCAAAGUGUACUAUAUACAGAACUAAGUCGCUAAUCACAUACCAGCUCGGCGGGCUGCACAUAAGCCAGUCUGACGCAAUAGAUGGUUGAGAGAACUCAAACGAUUGAGAUCCUCUGCUCUCCGGUGUUUCUGCAAACUGCGCUGUCCAUUUGCAAAACAAGAACUGGACCGGACGUGAUACGAAUACCGUUUGUACAAUCGUUUCCUGUAUAAAUUGUAUAUGAGGCGUAUGCAGGAAAACCUCCGUAGGAUCCCGAAAUUUUUCUAGUCUUUUGUCAACUUCGAGAGAAUGGAAAAAAAAGGAUUGCCCGUAAAUAUGUUUAUGGUGAGCCACUCUUCGUUGAUAAAAUUAAGCAAGAGUUGAAUCGCAAUUCGUGCUCCGCAAUGUAAGUUGAGGCUGCCGUCAGGGACACUGCAACCAACGUUUUAAAUCUCGAUAUCUGUCGAGUUACCAGCGAGGUUGUGGAAACUGUGGUUAUGCAUCCCGGGCCGGAUGGUUCCUAACAUUUUUCUUUCCGUUUAUCGUUCCUAUUCAUUAUCUCUCUACAGCAGAGUACGUCUCCUUCGCUAUGGACGCAGUCCUGUUUUCUGAACGAGAACGGAACAUAGAAAACGGGAGGGGAGAAUGAAGGGAGUUCAACCGAAAAGUUGAAAUAUAAGAAGUUCAAUCGGGAAGUUGAAGUAAAUUCAACCGAGAUGUUGAAGGGAAUUGAACCGAGAGGUAGAAAGACAUUCAAACGGGAGGCUGAAAGGAAUUCAACCGGGAGGUUAAAUGGAUUUCAAUCGGGAACUUGAAGGAAAUUCAUCCGGAAGGUUGAGGUGAUUCCAACUGAAAGAUUGUAGUGAAUCUAAACGGGAGGUUGAGGAGAAUGUGAAAGUUGAAUGUUGUAUUCCGUUGAAAGGUAAUCAACCGAGAAGUUGAAGAAUAUUUAACAACAAUUUAACAACCAACCGAGUGGCUGAAGUGAAUCUAACCGGAGGGCAGAAGUGAAUUCAACUGGUAGAUUGAAUUAAAUUCUACUGGGACGUUGGAGUUGGGAUUCAACCAGAAGGUUGAAUUCACUUCAAAGUCUAAGAAGCUGAGUAAAGGUACUCAGGUGAUGGAAGAAAAUCCAUAUCCGGAAGGUUGGUAAACACAAUCGAGAGUUUAUCAAACCCCAAUCAAGAGAAUGAAAAGCAUAUACACUGCGUUUCACAACUAUAGAACCACUCAUUUUUUCAGAGUUUCCAGAGAUAUGUAAGAAGUCGGUUGAAUUGAAGUAUAUAGUGCAGGAUACAACAAGUAUCUUCAAUUCAAAGACUGGUUAUUUAAAUUUUAUUGUUGUGUUCAGGCGCGAAACAAUCAACACACAAAAAUUCCAGUGUUUCAAAACAAUAGAACCAGAUGGAAAAACUCCCACUCCUUUACAAAAUUAACGUCAAUUUCACAUGAAUUACAAUAAGUGUCUGAUUCGUAGGUCAUACUUAGUUUUCAGUCAGUUCAAAUAACCCAUUCGGGGUGGUUUUGACCAAGCUGCGCCAUUUUGUAGUGUGUAUCUCGUUCUGCACAGAGGAUAUUGCUCGUUUAAGCUCUUCAAAUCACUCAUACUGCUUGUAAGCAACAUCUAUUAUUCGUACAAUCACUCCUCAUAAGUUCUUGAUAGGGUUUUGAUCUGGUAAACAAGCUAACCAGCCCAGAAUCUGAAGCCCGUAUUCAAUAAACCAUACCUUGGCUUUCCGGAUUUUAUGAAUUUAUGCCAAAUUACCCAAUUAUCACAUUAGAUGUAAAUGUUUUUGAUGUUAAAACAGCAGUAAAUGAUUCUGAAAUACUUCUUUGUACUUCUGACUGUUUAUUCGUGUUGAUGGUAAGCUACCUAAACCAGGCCUUUUUGAGAAAAUUUUCCCCAAACCAUAAACAUCUCAUCAACAUAAAUGUACAGUCAAAAGUGCAAUGAAGUACUUCAGAAUCAUUUAGUUCUGAUUUUGCAUCAAAAAGGCCAUGAUAAUUGGGUAAUUUGGUAUCAAUUCAUAACAUCCGGAAAGUCAAAGCAAAGUUUAUUGAAUACGGGCGUCAGAUUCUGGACUGGUCAGCUUGUUUACCACAUCAAAACCCUAUCAAUAACUUAUGAGGAGUGAUCGUACGAAUAGUAGAUGCAGCUAACAAGCAGUAUGAGUGAUUUGAAGAGCUUAAACGAGCUGUAUCGUCUGCGUAGAACAAGAUACACACUACAAAAUGGCGCAGCUUGGUCGGUGAGAACUAAGUAUGACCUACAAAUCAGAAACUUAUUGUAAUUCAUGUUAGUUAGACGUUAAUUUUGUAAAGGAGUGAGAGUUUUUCCAUCUGGUUCUAUAGUUAUGAAACACUGGAAUUUCUGUUUUUUUAAUGUUUCGCGCCUGAACCCAAAAAUAAAGUUCAAAUGACUAGUCUUUUAAAUAAAUAUAGUUAUUAUAUCCUAAACUAUAUACUUGAAUUCAAACGACCUCUUACAUAUCUCUGAAAACUCAGAAAAAAUGAGUGGUUCUAUAGCUGCGAAACGCAGUGUAGUAGAUGGAAAAGUUGAUCGAAUUGUAAAAGUUGGGGAAGAUCAUCAAGUCUGGACCAAGUGUUAUGAAAGAACAUGAAGAAGUUGAAUAAACUGGAUGCAGGUGUUUAGAACAAAAUGUAUUGUACUAUAAAAUCGAAAGAAUUUUGAAAUGAAUUUCGUUAUAGUGCAUCCAUUCAAAUCUUCCUUAUGUCGAAGAGAUGAAUGUUUCUAGCACUACGUAUUGAAGCUCGGGUUGGUCACAAGGGGUUUCUGUAGGCACGACGGAUGAACCAACAACAAAAGAACCAUGUUCAGCUUAACACCCCGCAGAUUACGCACGACAUUCUCGAAGAUAAUUAUCUUUGAAUUUCGUCGAUUUGAACGUUAUGUUCCACAUUGAUUCGUGAGGGCAAGGGGGAUUGUAGGAUCCACCUUAAUAUAAUAAUCUUGGUCUGGAUUUCUCCUCGCGAUGUCAACAGAAAAAAUGGAAGGGAAGAAUAGAAAUAGAGUGUGCGGACAGUAAACACAGGAAUCUGACAGAAGACAGGAUGGAAAACGACUGGACGAGAUUGACCGGAUGGUAAUCCACUACAAAUUUGGCCUACUUUAUUCCUUUCUGUCAGCGCGGUACGAAUGUGGUACGAAUCAGCUACCGUAGAAGUGGAAAGAGGAGGUGAUUUGUCCCAUCUAUAAAAAGGUGACAGGGUGGAUUGUGAGAACUACAAUGCAAGGAUGUCUAAAAAACUCCAUCCCAUAUACCAUUUCAUGCCCGGUUGUUCGACGAUGAACCAGAUUUUUACCCUACGUCAGAAGCACGAGUACCAGACUUCUACGCAUCACAUCUCCGUCGCAUAUGACAUAUGGCAUCGAUCGACGACAGCUAUGGAGAAUCAUAGACAAGACUUCCACUGGAAGCUAAUAAGACUUACUCAAAUAACUAUAAACAUUGUGCGGUGCAAUGUACAGAUCUCAGGCGAUCUGUCGGAAUCAUUUCCAUCAAGGAAUCAUCAAUCAAGUUCAAUCGGAAUUCAACUGGUGGCAACGCCGAUGAAGCUCUGCAUUUGAGAUCCAGUUAUGUGCCCAUCAGGCCCGAAUCAUAAACCACAGACACUGGCAUCGGCGUGGUGCCGUGGCCUAGUGGUUAGCGUCACACAUCGUGCCGGGGGCUUGGUUUCGAUUCCCGUUCUGGCCGGAGGAAUAUAGAAAUUUCCUCGACUUUCUUCCGACUGUGGAUACGCGUAUUCUAGAACUUGCCACUCAGAAUAUAUCCAAGGCGUGUUAUUUGGCACAAGAAAUCUCAACUAAGUACUACUAGUAGAAAAAUGACGUAACGUAAAUAACUGGGAACAGCUUACUUGCAUAUAACAGCAACACGUUCGAACUCAAAAUUCGCAUUUUGGGUGGGCUGACUUAUCUGGUUCGAUCUUCAUGUCUUACGCAAACUUGCGAAAGCAGCUUGUUUUUUUGAUACCUGCGCGUAUCAGUAUUCAGUAUUGGAAACUUUCGACCCUCUCCACUGAUUGCCCCGCUACUGUGAAAUUGAUAGGUCGACCGUGUUGACGUCCAGGGCUUCAGUUUUUCUGAUAUUGAUGUUGAGACUAAAGUAGUAGAAGUCGGGUCAUUCAGCCUAUUCUGCAUGUCAGAGUGUCGUUGUUGCAGUGAAGCUUUGAUAGUUUGGAACUAUGCGCGCAAAAGCCUCAUAAUGUGCUGCUAUGAGUUGGAUUAUUUUUUCUCGAAACUCUUUUGCAUCUCAGGGAUCUGGUGGUUGAGAAAGUCAGAAGCUUUUUUAUAAUUAAAAAAAUAAAAUACAGGAAGGGAGUUAUAUCUGUGGUUUAACCGCAAGGUUGACGUGAGACUAUCGUUGAUUUAGUGAUCAUUUGUUUGAAGUUGAAUCAGAAUCCAUUCUGAACGAAUGAAUAAAUGAAUAUUUGGGAGACUUCGACAACGAGAGCGUUAAGUUGGAGGCACAAGGUUGUAUGCAUUCAAUAUUGGAUACGAAAAUAUUCUACUGAUGGGGAAGAAUAAUCUUCAGAAGCUUUUCUGUUUAUUGCAAUUGAUUGAAAAAUCACAAAACGCAUUGCAUUUGAUCACAGUAUUAUAUGAAUUGAAAACAUUAAAAAAAACUCUUUCGCUUGAAUGUAAUUUUCAAUUCCAAGGGGAACUGGCAGAUUAUUUUUCAGCAACGAUGACAUCUUUCCCGAUUCUUCUCGAAGUCCACCAGUGGAUAAUGUUAACUCGAUAACCACCAAACGAAAAGAGUUGCGCGCGUAUGUGUGUGUGUGGCGGCUGCUCCGAUGCCUCAAGCGGAACCAAUUUUCGAUGCUAUUACUUUCUUGGUCGCCUUUUCAGUGGCAUCACUCUCCUCCUGAUGGAUUCCCUUCUGGCCUAAGGUGCACAAACAGGCUCUUGGUGACACCGUUCAUCAGCGCUUUCAUGAUGAACGAAGUAAGCUUCACCACAACAGCGUGGAUUUCCGAGCGGCGCGUGCUUAUAUACCGAUUGGUGAUUUCAAUUACCUGUUUUGAAAGCAAUUUUAAGGCUAUUGAAACAAGUUUUUGGAUCAAAAAGUAACAAGUAUAUAACGCGUAGACAUUUUAUCUUUCGAAAGAAGUGUUUAUCAUACCAUUUCGUUCAGUUGUUUAGGAUCUACUUACACUCAAAAUCUCGUUCUCCGGCGCAAAGCUUUCGUUUUCGAAAAUUUGGUUUUACACCCCGGUAUAGAAAUGAAAGACGUAGUCCUACGUCAAAAAGUUACAAGUGUGUGAAUUGAGAAAAAUAGAAAAACAGUACACUGUAAUACAUGAUUUCAGCUCUCCUGGUUAUCCCUAGAUUAGAUAUUGCGUCACUAAAAUGGCUAUCACUCGGUAAAUAAUGACAAUUUCGAAAAAUCUUUUGAAUAACAUUUUUUGGAAUGGCUAAAUGAUAAUUUUCGGAGAUUAGAAGAAAAAAAAAUCUAUUUUCUCCAAUUUUCAGACUAGAAUACCCCCUCAAAGAAAACAUGAACGAGGAAAGAGGUGACUGGACCAAUAUAUACAUUGCAGUGAAGUGCAACAAAUAGGGGAGGGAGCUUUAUGUUCAUGGACAGUGUUCAGUUUUUACCAAUAAGGAUGUUCUCAAGUGCAUAUAAAUUUAUGUUCCAA